UCCAUUACUUUCACUCACACACAAUCUGUGGCCACUAUACUAUAUUGUCUCUAUACUAUACCCCAUUGGCCUUCCAUUCUACGCCUGCGUCUCCACGCUGCCGGCCGGCCUGCGUCUGCACUGUAGCGCCGAAGGAGGAGAGAUCGGUUUUAAUUUGUUGAAUUUGUUAGAUUUGAGUUAGUGGAAGAGUGUUUUGAAAGGAUGGAGGCUUCACAGAGAAGAGCAGGGGCAGGGGCUGGAGGAAUGGUGCCAGUAUCGCCAUCUCAAACGCCUCGUUCGAGUGAUAAGGUCGGGAGAGAUAUGCGAUCGUUUGAGGGGAGUUUGAACGGAAAGCACGACAAGGAUAAAGGAGUCAAUGUACAGGUUAUUGUGCGAUGCAGGCCUUUGAGUGAGGAUGAGGUGAGAUUGCGUACGCCUGCAGUGGUCUCUUGCAAUGAAAACAGAAGAGAAGUAUGCGCAGUUCAGAAUAUUGCCAAUAAGCAGAUCGACAGGACUUUUGUCUUUGACAAGGUAUUUGGUCCGUCAUCCCAGCAAAAGGACUUGUAUGAUCAAGCAGUGUGUCCUAUAGUAUUUGAAGUUCUAGAGGGAUAUAAUUGCACUAUCUUUGCCUAUGGCCAGACUGGAACUGGGAAGACCUAUACAAUGGAAGGUGGAGCUAGGAAAAAGAAUGGCGAUUUUCCAAGUGAUGCUGGAGUUAUUCCUCGAGCCGUCAAACAAAUUUUUGAUAUAUUAGAGGCUCAGAAUGCUGAAUAUAGCAUGAAGGUUACAUUCUUAGAACUAUACAAUGAAGAAAUAUCAGAUCUUUUGGCACCAGAAGAGUGUCCCAAGUUCAAUGAUGAUAAGUCAAAGAAACCAAUAGCGCUGAUGGAGGAUGGAAAAGGUGGAGUUUUUGUUCGUGGAUUGGAAGAGGAGAUAGUGACCACGGCAAAUGAAAUAUAUAAGAUCUUAGAGAAAGGCUCUGCCAAAAGGAAAACAGCAGAGACGCUUCUCAACAAGCAGAGCAGCCGGUCUCAUUCUAUUUUCUCUAUCACUAUUCAUAUCAAGGAGUGUACUCCGGAAGGAGAAGAAAUGAUCAAAUGUGGAAAGCUGAAUCUGGUCGAUCUUGCUGGCUCAGAGAACAUUUCUCGUUCUGGGGCAAGAGAGGGAAGGGCAAGGGAAGCGGGAGAGAUUAACAAGAGCUUGCUGACGCUUGGCCGUGUCAUAAAUGCUUUGGUUGAACAUUCGGGUCAUGUGCCAUAUAGGGAUAGCAAGCUAACAAGGCUACUUAGAGAUUCUCUUGGAGGGAAAACCAAAACCUGUAUAAUUGCCACAAUCUCUCCAUCCAUUCAUUGUUUGGAAGAGACACUCAGCACAUUAGACUAUGCUCACCGUGCCAAAAACAUAAAGAACAAACCAGAGGUUAACCAGAAGAUGAUGAAAUCCGAACUAAUCAAGGAUUUGUAUUUUGAGAUUGAUCGACUAAAGCAAGAGGUGUAUGCUGCCAGAGAGAAGAAUGGAAUCUACAUACCAAGGGAUCGAUAUCUCCAGGAUGAAGCUGAGAAAAAGGCCAUGUCAGAGAAAAUAGAGCGUAUGGAGCUUGAUUUAGAUUCCAGGGACAAGCAAUUAACGGAGAUCCAAGAUUUGUACACUUCUCAGCAACAGCUGACUGUUGAAUUAAGUGAUAAACUUGAAAUGACUCAGAAAAAACUCCUGGACACCGAGCAUGCACUGCUUGAUCUAGAAGAAAGGCAUAGGCAAGCAAAUGCAACAAUAAAAGAAAAGGAAUUCUUGAUAUCUAACCUACUCAAAUCUGAAAAAGCCCUGGUUGAACGGGCACUCGAGCUUCGAGCAGAACUGGACAAUGCUGCAACAGAUGUCACCAAUCUAUUCUCGAAGAUUGAACGCAAGGACAAAAUAGAAGAUGAUAACAAAAUUCUUAUUCGGAAGUUUCAAUCCCAAUUGACUCAGCAGCUUGAAAUAUUACAUAAUGCUGUGGCAUCUUCAACUACACAACAAGAAAAGCAACUGAAAGACAUGGAAGAAGACAUGCACUCAUUUGUAUCCACAAAGACGGAGGCCACAGAAGAGCUUCGAGCUCAACUAGAUAAACUGAAAACCAUGUACGGUUCUGGGAUCAAGGCAUUGGAUGAAUUGGCUGGAGAACUUGAUUCUAAUACUCAGUCUACUUUUGGACGAAUGAGCUCUGAAGUUUCUAAACAUUCCUCGGCUUUGGAAGAGCUGUUCAAAGGAAUUACUUCAGAGGCUGAUACUUUACUGAGUGAUCUUCAAGAUAGCCUGCACAGCCAGGAGAAAAAACUAACAGCCCAUGCCCAAAGACAACGAGAGGCCCAUAGCAGAGCCGUCGAAUCCACACGGUCAAUUUCAAAAAUUACUGUGAACUUCUUCAACACUUUAGAUGGACAUGCUUCAAAGUUGGGCCAAAUUGUUCAUGAGGCACAAGCAAUGAAUGAUCAGAAGUUGUCAGAACUUGAAAAGAAAUUUGAGGAGUGUGCUGCAGAUGAAGAAAGACAACUACUUGCAAAAGUUGAAGAGCUACUUGCAAGUUCAAAUGCUCGGAAGAAAAAACUGGUUAAAUGUGCAAUCGAUGAACUUCGGGAGAGUGCAGCCACUAGAACCAACAAGUUACAGCAAGAGAUGUCAACAAUGCAAGAAACUACUUGUUCUAUCAAAAGCGAAUGGACAACUUACACCCGGAGUGCCGAGUCUCGUUAUCUUGAGGACACAGAUUCAGUCGACAGCGGGAAGCAAGACAUGGAAAAAAUACUCUCUAAAUGUUUGGAACAAGCCAAAUCAGGUUCCCAGCAUUGGAAAAAUGCCCAAGAGUCUUUGCUUCAUCUAGAGAAGUGCAACGUUGAGUCUGUAGGCGAAAUUGUCAGGGGAGGGAUGGAUACAAUCGAAACCUUGCGCGGACGGUUCUCUUCUGCUGUGAAUUCUGCCAUGGUAGAUGCAGAUGCUUCCAGCAACACUCUCCUCUCGUCCAUUGAGCGCUCUUUGCAACUCGAUCGCGAUGCAUGCAGUAACCUCGACUCCAUGAUUGUUCCUUGUUGUGGAGAGUUGCGGGAACUGAACAGUGGACACUACCACAAGAUUGUGGAGAUCAGAGAAAAUGCAGGACAAUGCCUACUGGAAGAGUAUACGGUUGAUCAACCAUCAUGCUCGACGCCAAAGAAAAGACCAAUCAAUCCCCCGAGCAUUGCUUCGAUUGAGGAACUGAGAACACCAGCCUUCGACGAGCUGCUAAAGUCAUUUUGGGAUGGGAAAUCGUCGAAAGUGGCUAAUGGAGAUGUGAAGCAACAAAAUGUUUUAGACAGCAGAGCUCCCCUCACCACCAUUAAUUAAAACAAACACCACAUCGGUGAGUAUACAAAUAUACAAAGAUAGUAUUAAGAUUUAAUUUGCAGUUUGUACAGAGGGGUUUGGUUUUGAAUGCUAGCUACUCUUAUUUCUUCUAUUCUCAACCGUUUUUCAAUUCAUUUGUGGAGGAUGGAUGGAUAUGACAUAAAAAAAAAUAUUGUACAAGGAAGCAUGUUGAAUUUCAGUUUCAAACAA